GAAGCGCCAAAAAGGAAUUCCGAGGGAGACUGGACCUUAGCCGGGAGUGUAGUUGCCGCGCUUUUCGCUGUUGGUGUCUUCCUGGUUACGCGGUAGAAAGACAGGUUCCCGAGCCCAGGCGACAGACGAGAUCCGGCCCUGCGGGAGAACGUCACAACUGCUGUGGAGCAUCCGGAACCUGGCAGGGUCGCCCGAGGAACUCGGAUCGCCGAGGCUCCUCUGUAGUCCCGUUUUGCUUGCCCCAGGGAGAGGGGUGGGAGAGUCAGCGUGCACCCCGGAUCCGGCCUAGGAGUGCUUUCAGACGGUUGUCCCAUGCAAACGACAUGAAUGGAGCGUAUCGAGGCAGAGGGUUUGGACGAGGAAGAUUUCAAAGCUGGAAAAGAGGGAGAGGUAGUGGGAACUUCUCAGGAAAAUGGAGAGAAAGAGAACACAGAUCUGACUUGAGUAAAACCAUCGGAAAACAUAUUUCUGAACAAAUCCCACAGUCUUCGCUACAACAGUCAACAUUGGAUCAUUUUAUACCAUACAAAGGCUGGAAGCUUUAUUUCUCUGAAGUUUACAGUGAUAGCUCUCCGUUUAUUGAGAAGAUUCAAGCAUUUGAAAAAUUUUUCACAAGGCGUAUUGAUUUAUAUGAUAAGGAUGAGAUAGAAAGAAAGGGAAGUGUUUUAGUGGACUUUCAAGAACUAGUAAAAGAUGACGAAAUAACUAACUUCUUGCCAGAUAUAGCACAUGAACUAAGAGAUGCUCCAGAGAAAAUCUUGGCUUGCAUGGGCCUGGCAAUACAUCAGGUGUUAACUAAGGACCUUGAAAGGCAUGCAGCUGAAUUACAAGCCCAAGAAGGGUUGUCCAGUGAUGGAGAAACAAUGGUAGAUGUGCCUCACAUUCAUGCAAGGAUCUAUAACUAUGAGCCUUUGACACAGCUCAAGAAUGUCCGAGCAAAUUACUAUGGAAAAUACAUCGCUCUUAGAGGGACAGUAGUUCGUGUCAGUAAUAUAAAACCUCUUUGCACCAAGAUGGCUUUUCUUUGUGCUGCAUGUGGAGAAGUUCAGAGUUUUUCUCUUCCGGAUGGAAAGUAUAAUCUUCCCACAAAGUGUCCCGUGCCUGCCUGUCGAGGGAGGUCAUUUACUGCUCUCCACAGUUCCCCUCUGACAGUUACGAUGGACUGGCAGUCGAUCAAAAUCCAGGAGCUGAUGUCUGAUGAUCAGCGUGAAGCAGGUCGGAUUCCACGAACAAUAGAAUGUGAGCUUGUUCACGAUCUUGUAGAUAGCUGUGUCCCAGGAGACACAGUAACUAUAACUGGAACUGUCAAAGUUUCAAAUGCUGAAGAAGGUUCUCGAAAUAAGAAUGAUAAGUGCAUGUUCCUUUUGUACAUCGAAGCAAAUUCUGUUAGCAAUAGCAAAGGACAGAAAACGAAGACUUCUGAGGAUGGGUGUAAGCAUGGAACGUUGAUGGAGUUUUCACUUAAAGACUUUUAUGCCAUCCAAGAGAUUCAAGCUGAAGAAAACCUGUUUAAGCUCAUUGUCAACUCACUUUGCCCUGUCAUUUUUGGUCAUGAAGCAGUAUGCAACGUUGCUCCACGUGGUGUGUAUGUUUGUGGUAACACCACUACCACCUCUGGUCUGACUGUAACUCUUUCAAAAGACAGUUCCUCUGGAGAUUUUGCUUUGGAAGCUGGUGCCCUGGUACUUGGUGAUCAAGGUAUUUGUGGCAUAGAUGAAUUUGAUAAGAUGGGGAAUCAACAUCAAGCCUUGUUAGAAGCCAUGGAACAGCAAAGUAUUAGUCUUGCUAAGGCUGGCGUGGUUUGUAGCCUUCCUGCAAGAACUUCCAUUAUUGCUGCUGCAAAUCCAGUUGGAGGACACUACAAUAAAGCCAAGACAGUUUCUGAGAAUUUAAAAAUGGGGAGUGCCCUGCUGUCCAGAUUUGAUUUGGUCUUCAUCCUGUUAGACACCCCAAAUGAGCAUCAUGAUCACUUACUCUCUGAACAUGUGAUUGCAAUAAGAGCUGGGAAGCCCAGAGUUGUUAGCGGUGCCACCAUAGCACGUAUGAACAGUCAGGAUUCAAAUACUUCUGUACUGGAAGUGGUUUCUGAUAAACCAUUAUCAGAAAGACUAAAGGUGGUUCCUGGAGAAACCAUAGACCCAGUUCCCCACCAGCUGUUGAGAAAGUACAUUGGCUACGCCCGACAGUAUGUCUCCCCGAGACUCUCCACAGAAGCUGCUCAAGUGCUUCAAGAUUUUUACCUCGAACUCCGGAAGCAGAGCCAGCGAUUAAACAGCUCACCAAUCACUACCCGGCAGCUGGAAUCUUUGAUUCGCUUAACAGAGGCACGAGCAAGGUUGGAAUUGAGAGAGGAAGCAACCAAAGAAGAUGCUGAGGAUAUAGUUGAAAUUAUGAAAUACAGCAUGCUAGGUACUUAUUCUGAUGAAUUUGGGAACCUAGAUUUUGAGCGAUCCCAGCAUGGUUCUGGAAUGAGCAACAGGUCAACAGCAAAAAGAUUUAUUUCAGCUCUCAACAACAUUGCUGAAAGAACUUAUAACAACUUAUUUCAAUUUCAUCAACUUCGGCAGAUUGCCAAAGAGCUAAACAUUCAGGUUGCUGAUUUUGAGAAUUUCAUUGGAUCACUAAAUGACCAAGGUUACCUCUUAAAAAAAGGCCCAAAGGUUUACCAGCUUCAGACUAUGUAAAAGGAGUUUACCAAGUCAAGGCUUUCUGGGCUUCUUAGCAUAAAGCCAUCUUAAUAAUUGAGAAUAUGUUUAAAAAAUAUACUGUUCUCUGAAAAAUGAUGUCCCCAAAAUGUUGUAGUAGGGAAGAAGUAAUAGAUAUGGUAAACUAAUUUAAAGAAGUGGUAGUCAUGUGCUAAUUUUUUAUAACUUUUCCAUAAGGCUAAAAAUAAAUAAUUUUAUAUAAAAGAUAUAAAGUAAUAAUAGUUGUACUUUUGAUUUGUCUUAUUUUUAUGAAUAUUUUACAGUUUUGUGUAUCAAAUGUCUGAGUAAGCAUUCAGAUAAUACGUAACAAAUUACCAUGUCUGUGUUC